AUGGGUUUACCUCGAGCUCUCCCCAUCGUGGCCGGCGCACUUGCGCUCAUCGCCACCAUCACGAUCGUCGUCAUCCACGUCGUGCUCGCCGCCCACAUCACCCAGGUCUCGCCCGUCAGGACGUCGUCAAUCUUGUCAUCGGUCUUGGAGGGCAUUCUGUUGGUGGUUCUGGGAUGGAUGUUGUCGGCGAACCUGAUCUCCAGCUUCCGGAACUCGUCGAAGCGGAUCAUCAGCGCCAUGUUUGCUGUCAGCCUCCUCACCUGCACCCUCGCCACCGCGGCGUCGGUUGCCACGAUGAUCUGCCUCAGCAACGCGACGAGGGACCUGUCGGAUUCUGUUCUCGGCGCGAAGCAGACGAGCUUCCUCAUCGCUUCGUCGGUGGCCCUCGGCCUCUGCUUCGCGUGCCAGCUCAUCUUCAUCGUCAUCCACUUCGUCCUCGCACGCCUCUCUGCCCGCGAGCAGGCAGACCCUUACCACACCGACGAGGAGUCGCGGAGGUCGCCCAACUUCCACGUCAAGUCGGUCAAGUCGAUCCCGUACAGCCGCACCACGCCCACGUACGAGAGCAGGAGCCGGUCCACGUCCAUGGGCUCCCAGACCCCGCCCCAGUCCAGCAGCGGCCGCUCGGCCACCGACACCCUGAGCUCCAUCCGCUCGUCUCUGUCGAACGUCGUCCGCCCCAUCUCUUCGAGGACGCGCCUGCUCCCGUUGAGAGAGAAGCGCAGGGCGGAGUCGAUCGACUCCAACCACUACCGGUCCCGGUCCAGCAGCGUCAACGAGGACUCGUCCUUCGACUCCUGGGACACCUCGUCCGUCGACAUGCAGAACCGCAUGACCGUACUUGGCACAUCCUCUCCGGUUCCCGGGGGCCGCUUCCUGGAGACGAUCCCUGCCAGCCCAACCACAAGCCGCAGCCCCAGUCCAGGCACGCCACUCGACCUGGACUUGGAGCCUCCUCGCACGCGUCGCAGGAGUCGCAGCUACAGCCCCGUCGGAGACCUCCGCCGCCCCGAGACCACUUUCACCAUGCAGUCUUCGGCCAGCGACGGCGAGCUCCGGCGACCCGAGCCCGCCUUCACCAUGCAGGGCUCGGCGAGUGAAUCGCACAUUCACCCCCUGUUCCGUUCCGACUCGCCGGACCCCCCGCCCAUGGUGACGCCCGGGACUAUGGUGGUGGCCGCGCCCGACGCCGGCCGUGUCAUUUCGGACAGGCACAGCGUCCGCCGCAUGAGAAGCGGCAGCCUGCCCUCCGGGCCCAGCCCGCUCAGCCGCACCAGCAGCGUCGAGAACUUCUUCCCCAACGGCGCCCCCGUGAAGGAGGAGAAGGAAGAGCUUGAGUCGCCACAGGAGGAGGACGAGGAUCCCGCCGAGAGGCAGAUGACGCCGCCGAUUCCGGAGUGGAUCCUGACCGCGGGGGCCCGGACGAGCCUCAACGGGUACCAAAGUCGGAAGCUCCGGGUCGAGGACGGGGACGUCAAGCCGGGGCAAUCAUGA